AUGGACUCCCGCCGCCCAAAGCUCUCCGUCUACGAGCGGUUCCUCGCGGGCUUCGUGAGGAAGCCAAGCGGCGAGCUGCUUUCCUCGUUUGGCCCCUCUCAAAACACAAUCGUCUCGUCAUGGGACCAGAUUCAGAUGCAAAUCUUGAAAUAUCGGCAUCUCACCCUCGAGCCCGGCCAGCCGCUGCGCACCGUCGUGACGAUAGACGAUGAAGCGGGAGAAGAGGCUGUCUCUGGUCAAGCCGCCGCCUCGUCUCGACAGCUGGCUUUAUACGAACAUCCGAUAUGCGAGGCCAACGAGUCCUAUUCCAUCGGAAUUGCUCUCACACUGAAUCCGACCUCGACGCCCGCCGCCGACGUGGACCUCGAUGUCUUCUUCGCGUCUCUGAUUCUCGGGGGAAUACACUUUGAUUUUGGAAAAAAUGAGGAUUUCCUCCAGCACGCAACGUCGUUGGAUAGCAUCACCGACGCCAUCGUGCAUCACUUUGAUGCUUCCCUAAGAUAUGUUGCCAAGGCCGACAUGUGGAACAAAGGGGGGAGGGACUACUUCCGCGAGCGCAUCUGGCACUUUGUGUCCAGGGGCAAAAAGAUUGAGCUUUGCCUCCCUGCAUUCCCCUGCAAGUCGUCCAAUCAGGGGAAAGUCCAGGGAACGUCGCCAGAUCGCGGCGAGUUCAUCGCGCUGUCCAACUUGCACAGUUUCAUAGAAGGCAUUGAAAGGCUCUAUGAGCCAGGGGCCAAGUUGUGGAUCAUCAGCGACGGCCACGUCUUUAGUGACUGCAUCGGUGUCGACGACUCAGCAGUCGAUGAAUAUGGAGCUCAGCUCAUCGCCAUGAGCAACAGCAUCGCCUUGCAGCGAGGAGGCGUCGAUAGAAUCGGCUUCAAGUCCCUGGUUGACCUGUUUGCCGUGGCCAAACUCGAAGGCGCAAACCUCGGUCCCUCUUUGGACGCCAAGAUGCCGUCGGUUCAGCACUUCCUCGGUACCAAACUGACCGAAGAGGCUGAGACAUGUCGCCGAAUCCUGCAAGAGGCCUUUCAGCUCGACCAUGGCGAGCUGCGGAAGCGGCUAGACUCUCAGGACACGGGCAUCGUGGCCUUGUAUCGGGGCUUUUCAAAGUUUAUGCUCGAGGAUCUCGCGCUGAACCCCUAUACGCGCGGUCGCAGCCAAAGCCAGCGGAGGAAGCUGUCGUCCAAGGUGGCCUUUGAGAUGAUUCAGCGCAAUCAAGCCUACUCCAACUUGGUAGAGGUCAUGUUCCCACACCACGUCCGACUCUCGAUCCACGCGCAUAACAACAUCGGACCAAAGUUCGGCAUCCAGAUGCUCGGUAGCGGCGUCCGGUCGACCAACGUCCUGUCGCCGGACGGGGGUCUCGUCAAAUUCUGCGAUGAGCUUCACGUGCCGACGCCUUGGCACAACUGCAUAGUGGAGAUUGAGGGCCACCCCAAGUUGUACAUAACCAAGUCCAGCAUCGUCCUAUCAGCCCUGGCUACGGGAUCUUUUACUGGGGGUUGGACCGGGACUCAGGCAACGGGGGCGCACUUUUACCUACGACCUUCGACGUCCUUGCCUGCUGCUCCGCGGGCGCAGGCGUUGGCCAGUGCGCCGUUGUUGAUGGAAAAGGCUUAG